UGUUUUUGACGCCAUGUUGGUUGUCAUCAAGGCGAGAAUUUGACGACGGUGCUGGGAGAAGGAAAUACUUGUCCGAAAUCUACUGUCAUCUGGUUUUAUAUGAUAAUUCACAUACACUAAUUGAUUGGAUGAAUUUCUACUAACACUAGGCCAUUACAGGGUCUGCGUUUUGGAUGGUAUUAAGACUCGAGAGGCGAAAAAUCGAAGUCAUCUGUUCAUAACCUGAAUUUUCCCUUGAGGGUAGUCGGAGAAGAAAGCCAGCGGAGGGACCCAGUCACAGGAGUUCUGGUGUGCCCUCUGAUAGCAAAAACCACAGCUUUAUCUCGUUUUUAUAGAUCCAUAAUAUUGUCAACGGAAUGGCUUGUGGGGCUACUUUGAAAAGGACUAUGGAUUUCGAUCCAUUGAUGAACCAGGCGUCCCCCAAAAGGAGGAGGUGCACCCCAAUGUCUCAAGCCGCCUCGACCUCAUCACCCCAGAAAUAUCUGCGUAUGGAGCCCUCACCAUUUGGAGAAGUGUCGUCCAGACUCACAACGGAGCAAAUCCUGCACAAUAUCAAGCAAGAGUACAAGCGUAUGCAGAAGCGAAGGCACCUGGAGAACAGCUUUCAGCAGACCGAGGGCUGUUGUCCCCUGGAGUCACAACCCCAUAGCUCCAUCCUUAAUGGAUCCAGUCUGCCAGGAACAUCUUCUGGUGCCGUCUCCCCAUCUAGAAAAGAGCAACCUCUAUUUACCUUGAGACAGGUUGGGAUGAUCUGUGAACGACUACUUAAAGAACGAGAGGAGAAGAUAAGGGAAGAAUAUGACGAAAUAUUGACAACAAAACUAGCAGAGCAAUAUGAUGCUUUCGUUAAGUUCACUCACGAUCAGCUAAUGCGGCGAUUUGGAGAGCAACCUGCUAGCUAUGUUUCCUGAGUGAAGCCUCAUAUUUGAUGGAAUACCAAUUUCCCAUUUUAUUAUUGCUAUAAGCUUCCCAUUUGAUUCUCUGCCAACCGUAUUCUCCAGAGACUCAGGGGCUCUAGUUGGACUUGUAGCAGUGCCAUAUCUCCCCUGUGGGCUUAGGAUGCCUCAAGCUUCUGUCAGUGGCAACUACGUUCUCUUCGGCGACUGGUAUUUGUGCUGCGGCCUAAAUGGCACCCAAUUUACUACUUUUGGCCAGCGCCCAUAGAGCUACGGUCAAAAUUAGUGCACUAUAUAUAAAAUAGGGUGCCAUUUUGGAUGAAGCCUUGGAGUGCUUCCUGCUGUCAACACAUAUAUGGACCUCUGCUACCUAUUACUCUACCAGUGGCCUCUGUUGUUUUAAUUGCUGUAUUGAUAUUUAUUAGGCUUUUUUCUUAGGCCUUUUUAUAAAGUGACCUGCCAUUCCCAACUCUGCUAACCUCGUCUUAGAUCUGUUUGUGCUCUUUCCAACUACAUUGCUGUCCUUGUCAAGCAAAGACAAUGAAUGACAAGGAGUAGGCAUUAUAGCCCAAACAGACUGGCACUCAGGCUACAACUCUGCCACCACACAUUUAGAUUUAUCUUGUUCCAUAAACAUGUUUCUUUGUUUCAACAAUGAUGAGACACAACUUUUUUUCUUUUAAUCAAAUCAACCUGUACAGUUGGGAGGGGUGGUCCACUACAAAAGAGCAGAUAAUCCAAGGAAGCUUCUGGACUGGACUCCAGGAGUGGACAUCCUAGCAUUUAUCAGUUAUGGUUACGUUGUAAUGGUAAAUAGUCUGUGUAAAUUAUGUCGUUUUGCCGGACCUUUGUUAGUUAUCCUUUUUUUUUUUGUAAGGGGGGGGUGGGGGGGGAGUGCUAUUUUUCCCCUGUUUAUUUUAUUGGCUAUGUAGCUUAAUGGGGUUGGGUAAAGGGAAUGAAUAAUAGGUUUACAUUAAAGGGUGUUCCGGUUUCACAUUGUCUUUUUCAUAGUCAAAAAUGCUAGAAUAGUUGACAUCUCUGUUCAAUUUAUCUCUUCCAAGUGUGCCAGAGAAGGUUCCACUUUAGUGAUUUGCUUUUGAUGGUGUUGAUUUUGGACUGUGUAUAAUCCAUCUCCUCCACCAUUUGAGAAGGAGUACUUUGAAGGUAUUUUAUCUUGUCCAAACACAUAAAAAAUGUUCAUAGUAGCUAGGUUUCCAUCCAGUUGGUGAUAGAUUUUCAGGUGAAUAUUGUAUAAUCUGCAUAAAAACAAUGUUAGUUUUUCCCACCAGAUGUGUUUUCAUCGAAUUGACUUGUUAUGGGUAAAAGGCUGCGUGAUGACGUAGUGCACAUACAAAUACAUAUUGUGGUUAAAUUCCCAUGUAUCGAAUAAAAAAUUAAAG